AACAAUUACGCUCACAAUUCCAGCCUUUGAUUCUUUCUAGUUUCUGUUUGGAUUUGCUAGCUCCAAUGGAGGAGAUCAAGAUCAAGCAGUUGUCUUUCGCGCCCGAUAACCCUCCGCUGCCAGUCAUUGUGGCGGCCAAGGUUGCCGGCAUAACUUUACCCACCGACACUUCCGCCACCUCUCCUACUCUUCAUCUCCCUAAUGGGCUGAAAUUGCAUGGAACGCAUGUUAUUCUAAGAUAUAUUGGUCGAGUUUCUAGCCUUUCCAAUUUCUAUGGGCACAAUGCGUUUGAAGCUAGCCAGGUUGAUGAGUGGUUGGAGUAUGCUCCCAUCCUUUCAUCCGGUUCUGAAUUUGAGAAUGCUUGCACCCACAUGGACAAGUACAUGGAGAACCGUACUUUUUUUGUGGGUCAUUCAUUUUCUAUUGCUGAUAUAGCAAUCUGGUCAGGCCUUGCAGGAACUGGGCAAAGAUGGGAGAGUUUGAGAAAGUCAAAGAAGUAUCUGAAUUUGGUUCGAUGGUUCAACUCAGUUUCUGCAGAAUAUAGUGAUGCCUUGAAUGAAGUCACUGCAACAUAUGUUGGUAAAAAGGGCUUGGGAAAGCUGGUGGCAUCCAAACCAAAAGAGCAGCAAAGUGUAAAUGGGGAUAUUUCUGAGAAGGGGAAAGCAGGCAGCAAGCCGUUUGAAGUGGAUCUUCCAGAUGUUGAGAUUGGAAAGGUGCGUUUGCGAUUUGCACCUGAACCUAGUGGUUACCUUCACAUAGGCCAUUCAAAAGCGGCUCUUUUGAAUCAGUACUUUGCUCAGCGCUACCAAGGUCAAGUGAUUGUGCGCUUUGAUGAUACAAAUCCUUCUAAAGAAAGCAAUGAAUUUGUGGAAAAUCUUUUGAAAGACAUUGAAACAUUGGGAAUUAAGUACGAAACUGUUACAUAUACUUCAGAUUACUUCCCUCAGUUGAUGGAAAUGGCUGAAAAAUUGAUCCGUGAGGGUAAGGCUUAUGUUGAUGAUACACCACGUGAGCAAAUGCAGAAGGAAAGGAUGGAUGGAAUUGAAUCCAAAUGUAGAAGCAACAGUGUGGAGGAGAAUUUAAAGUUGUGGAAUGAAAUGGUUGCUGGCUCUGUGAGAGGUUUGCAGUGCUGCGUCCGGGGAAAGUUAGACAUGCAAGACCCAAACAAAUCACUCAGAGAUCCAGUUUAUUAUCGUUGUAAUCCUGUUCCCCACCACCGGAUUGGAUCCAAGUACAAGUUAUACCCAACUUAUGAUUUUGCUUGUCCAUUUGUUGAUUCUAUAGAAGGGAUAACGCAUGCCCUUCGUUCUAGUGAAUAUCAUGAUCGCAAUGAUCAAUACUAUAGGAUUCAAAUGGACAUGGGACUCCGAAAGGUUCACAUUUAUGAAUUCAGUCGCCUGAACAUGGUCUAUACACUUCUCAGCAAGCGAAAACUGCUAUGGUUUGUGCAAAAUGGAAAGGUUGAUGGAUGGGAUGAUCCUCGUUUUCCUACUGUCCAAGGAAUUGUUCGUCGAGGACUCAAAAUUGAGGCAUUGAUUCAAUUUAUUUUGGAGCAGGGGGCAUCAAAAAAUCUCAAUCUUAUGGAAUGGGACAAACUCUGGAGUAUUAACAAGAGGAUCAUUGAUCCGGUGUGCCCUCGACAUACUGCUGUAAUUGAGGAGCGACGUGUCCUGUUGACCUUAACUAAUGGUCCUGACGAGUCAUUUUGUCGUAUCAUCCCCAGGCAUAAGAAAUAUGAAGGUGCUGGAGAGAAGGCAACAACAUACACAAAGAGGAUAUGGAUAGAGCAUGCUGAUGCUGACUGCAUCUCAGUGGAUGAAGAAAUAACCUUAAUGGAUUGGGGGAAUGCUAUAGUGAAGGAAAUUAUUAAGGACCAAGAUGGAAAUAUAACAAAAUUAGUAGGAGUUUUGCAUCUUGAAGGAUCAGUGAAGACCACUAAGUUGAAACUGACAUGGCUUCCAGAAACAAAGGAACUAAUCAAUCUUACAUUGGUGGAGUUUGACUAUCUGAUAACAAAGAAGAAGCUGGAAGAAGGGGAGGACUUUCUUGAUGUGCUGAACCCAUGUACAAAGAAGGAGAUUGCUGCACUUGGGGAUUCCAACAUGAGCAAUUUGAAGCGUGGAGAAAUACUGCAGCUGGAGAGGAAGGGCUACUUUAGAUGUGAUGUUCCAUUUAUUAGAGCAUCAAAGCCAGUGAUUCUAUUUGCAAUUCCAGAUGGUAGGCAGCAAAGUGUGUUGAAGUAAGAAGUUUGCAUUUGACUAGAAUCUCUACUGUCAGCAACAUGUGUUGAGUAAGAAAUCUGUGUUUGACUAGAAUGUGAAUCUUUACUGUUCAGCUCUUUUCUUUCUGAUGUACUGGAUGCUUUUCUAACGUAUAUUGUUAUGUUUUGAAGAUGUUUUAAAGAAGUAUGCUUUAUAAUUUAUUUAAAUCUUAUGCUAUUGCUUCUUUCCUCUGGUCCCACUAAUAUACCAUACUGCCAAGUACAAUGUUUGGUAUUUUAUAUUGGAUAUAGAAGAAAUGAUAAAGAGCAGAGAUAUCUGCAUGCAAGUGGCAUGAUAUAAGAUCAUUUUAUUGUAAUAGUAAAGUUGCAAACAAAAACCAGAAGUUAAUAAUGCAUUUUUAUUAGGAUUGGCAUUUGCAUAUUAUCUGUGACGUACUUGAUACUGAUCUGCAACUUAAAAUGUGGGCAUUUGCUGGGGAUUUGAGGUUUGAUUGGGGACAAAAGAUAUGAAUAUGAGAAUGAAGGUUCUGUUGUCGAAGUGAAAGGCCAUUUGAAGAAGGAGCAUGGUAUAUAGUCUUUAGUUUUUAGUAAUUAUCUUUUGUUUUGAUUUAUAUAUUUGUGAUAUAUAGUGUUUUGAAACCUAAUAAUAGUAGUACUCAGUUAGGAUAUUUCUUCCCUAAAUUAUUUGCAUUUCCAACUUGCUGCAACGUCUGCAAAUGCAGCUUCAACACUUUCUGGUGUUGGGGACGUUCUAAGUUUCAAUUACUCAAUUCAAUUUUCUUCUCCCUUUUGCUUAAUUCUGGAUAAAUUAGGCUUUUAUAUAUAUUUAUCUUUGCUCAUUAUUAUAUUUUUACCAAGAAGGUAGAAGAAUUUCAAAUGAUUCAUACAGAACAUGAUUGGGCAAUUAAUCCAAUCUGAAGGGCAAGCUUUCCAUCUAAUUUUUCUUUCAUGGUUAAUUUCCUGACCUAUUUCAAUUCUAGAAUGUUGCCUCAUUCAUAAUAAUAAUAUGAUCUGUUU